GCUCAGCUGAUUGAGUUUCAGUCUCUGCAGAGCAAAGAAGAGGGCAGGCAGUACAAUACAAGAUCUGGGAAUCUAGAUUCCUAUCUAUCCGGGACCUGGAUCCUCCUUCUGCAGAGACCUGACGUCCAGCUAUGCCACUUCCAAACCCUGCCCCUUCUAACAAGAGGAAGAAGGCCAGCAAGAUCAUCACUGACCUUUCCCACAUCAGCCAGAAUGAGGAUGAGCAGGAUCAUGAGGCUGCUGAGCUCGACCUGGGCACCAAAAUCAAGACGCCCAAGGAUGUGAUGCUUGAGGAGCUUUCCCUGAUGAAGAACAAGGGCUCCAAGAUGUUCAGGAUGAGGCAGCAGAGAGUUGAGAGGUUUAUUGUGACCAACGAGAACCUGCAGAACUUUCAGAAUCUGCUGAUGUCCCCACCAGUAGUUCCACCAAAGCCAGUGAAACCAAAAGAAGAAAAGGUGGAAGAGACGGUAAAUGAGGAGGAAGAAAAGGCAAAGAGGAGGAAGGAAUAUGUACGCACUUAUGUAUCGCCAUGGGAACGAGCUAUGACUGAUGAGGAGCUGAAAGCCUCCAUGAAGCCUUGCAUGCCAGGACCCAUCCAAACUCAUCCAGAUCUGCCUCAGUACAAAAGCUUCAACAGGACGGCACUGCCAUACGGUGGUUUCGAGAAGGCAUCCAAGAUGCUGACCUUCGAGCUCCCGGAGGUAAACACUGCCAGCGAGGAGCAGGAGCCUCUCCCGACCCUGCAGGCUGACAUCCGCUCAAGGCCCUCCUUCAACCGCACGCCCAUCGGCUGGGUCUGCAGCGAUGACAACUCACACAUCCAGGCGGACGUGGAGGUCCCCUUUGAUGGGGAAACGGAUGACCUGUGAACGCACAUGCAGACACAAGCAUAUUUACAGUCGGGGAAGCGCACAUCAAAGACUUCACAAACACACCCACACAUAAAGAAUGCACUUUCAGAUUUAAUGUCUGACAAACGUUACUUCUGUUAGAUUGGCAAAGGUGCACCUAUUUAACACUCAAUGAAAUCUGCUUAAACUGUCAAUAAAAAAUAAAAGCGUGACCCCAUUUUUUGUGCUGUUUACACUCUUCACUUAUUAGUGAGACGUAGUCUGAGUUUGCAAUAUGUGAAGGAAUGUCAGACCUGGGUGAAAAGCAAUAGAUUAGCACACUGCACCCUUAAAACAAUGUAAAUAUGCAAUAAAUGUCCCUAUUUACAUAAUGUCUG